CAUUCUCUCAUUAACAAAAAAAAACAUCCAGAACGCAGCUGAAAGCUAACCACAAAGAACUGCUGCUGUGAAAAAUCAAUUUGUAUCCAGAGAAAAAUCAGAACAGGUUUAAAGUUACGUUUAUUGUUUCAAUCAGCGAAUGGCAAAAAAUAAAUGCACAGUAUUGCUUGGCUACGACGACGAGCCUGUACUGGACAAGGACAAACCAUAUCUCAAUCAUAUGGUGAACAAAAUCGGUGGAGUUCCGAAUUGGCCCACAUCGGAUGUCCUAGUCGCACCAUGUCCAUUAUGCGGACAAAGUCGACCACUGUUGCUUCAAAUUUAUGCGCCCCUGGAGAAUUCGCAAUUUCAUAGAACGCUAUAUAUAUUUGCUUGUUUAAACGCACCUUGUUCGACGCAGUCUCAAAGCUGGACUUGCAUUAGAACUCAGGCGCUAGAGAAGAGUCCAAUAGAAAUCGAAUGUGGGGCUACGGCCACAAGCCAGUUUGUGAAAACCGCACCGAGCAAUAUUGCUUGGUGUAGCGGAGCAGAUGAUUGGGGCGAAGAGGAGACUGAAACCGAGGACAGCUUCAUGCGGGUAAAUACUGCUAACAUACCGGAUAUUGUGCAUGAAGAAAAUGGAAAUAUUAUACAAUAUGCAAGAAGCAGAAUUUCCGACGAGGACGAGGAAAGCAAUUCCUUGGAAAAUGAUCCAUUUCCAGAUUUUGCCAAUUUAAGGGUUGAUGAAAAGAAUGCGAAUGGUGGUGGUGCCAAGGGUGGACUGAUUGAUAAUGUGUAUGCCAGUAAGGUGACAGCCGAAAUCGAAGGAACAGACGACGACAUCGUUCUAGUCGAAACGCCUGAUUCGCCAAAAAGAGACUUGAUAGCGUUGUUGAAUCAACCACAAAUUAUUCCAAGAAAUAUAUCAGAUUUAACAUUGAAAUGUUUUCACAUUAGCGUGGACGAGGAACGCUCUAUAUCGCCAACUAUUUCUGAUCACAUACAAGAACUUAUUCAUGAGUACCAAAGACAUGAAGAAGUUACAACUAGCCCAGAUAGUCCAGUGGGGCUUGGCGCUGCUGGCGGUGGCCAUGCAAUACCCAUGGACCAGGAACUCUACGAGAAAGGCAUACCCAUGCAUGGUGAUGUCAUGUUCCACAGCUUUAUGACCAAGCUUCAGGAGAACCCCGGCCAAAUCUUACGUUACUCUCGUAAUGCUGCGCCACUCCUAAUCGCACCUCUGAAAGAGCUGCCCCCAUCCAAAUGCCAGCACUGUGGCAGCGAACUGAUUUGUGAGAUUCAAAUCCUGCCAACAAUUAUCGAAAAGCUUUGUUUAGAAUCUAACGGGGAGCGGGUACCGAUUGAUUUUGGUAACGUUCUCGUGUGGACAUGCUUCAAAAGCUGCUGGGAUACACCCGACAGAAUGCGCACUGAAGUGGUAUUGAUUCAGCAAGAAUCAUAAACAAGGCUGAGUGAAGAUGGUUUGAAAACAAAUUCAAAGCAGACUAGUGGAUAUUAAUGAUGAUACAGUAAAUCGUAACUUUCAAGUUUUAACUAGAAACCAGACGUAGUCUCUCAAAAGAAAAUGAUAAUUAUUUUAAAAGCUUAUCCGUCAUGUCAAUUGAAAUAGUUACCUGUACCGCACGUGAACUCGCUGUUAUACCUGCUGCUUAUAGUCAAACAGUACCAAACAGUAUGCGAUCAAAGAUCACUAAUGCACAGCAUGAAACAAACAGCUAGUGAAAUAAUCCGCGGCACACAGAGACAGCCUUUUGAUAGACCAUUUUAAUGAAACUGCAUUUUACGAAACCAUGUGUAAUAAAUAAUUAGAUACUAAACUGUCUUCCUACGUUAGACAAGGAAGACUAUACAAAUACAAACAUUAUACAGUAGAAUUUGAUGUUUACGUGAUACCAGCAUAUAACGCUAGCAAAUUAAAGGAAGAUACAACAAUGUUUCAAGAUAUUAGACGUUACAACAGAUAAUUCGAAAAUGUUGAAAAUCUUACGACACACUUGAACCGCAGCUCGAAGUUGCAAUAUACACAAAAUUAAAGUUCACAUUGAAAAUUUCUUUACUCAUCGAAUUAAGUAGGAACCAUAGGUUGUUUUCGAAGUUAAAACGCAACGUAAAUUAAAAAAUCAAGCAAAAUAAAUUGGCUGUCGCAUAAUGGAUUAUUU